GUUUGCAGAAAGCUGUAUAUCACGCAAGCUUCAACUACUAUAACCCAUAUUUUAAUGCCAAGACAUGGCGGAGACGGCAAGGUGGCUCGACACUAUACCCUUGGCAUUGUUGGGUAGUGAAACAGUUAAAUAUUAGCCUGGGGUCCGUGUCCGUUCCUAGUCUUGAUAAUCGGCACUGGCUUGCCCUUUCCGAAGGACCCAGCUACGAUCAAGUCUUUGGGAAAACUUCGGAAUAUUCUUAUCGAGCCGAAAUGUCGGUUUUCCGUUUCAGUUUGAUUCCGAAAUACCGCUUCUGGUUUGGAGUCGAGCAAGAGUGAGGAAUUAUUGAAACGUGCCAAGGAUCUCUAUAUUCCUCCAAUGACUCGACCAGGGGGUUGUUUACACGCGGCGAACACAGUAGAUGCACUGGGGUAUAAAGCCAUGGCAAACGUAGGACGAUGAGCCUUGAGAUUGAACAGGCCAAAAGCUAUCCUUCCUUUCCCUUCAUAUUUCCUUUCUUUAAGACGCUCUGAGAGUGAUACUAAUCUUUUCACCAACCAACUUCUUCAAUCGUUCACAAUGCUUCCCAAGGCUGUCCUUGUUUCUCUCCUCACCUCCAUGGCACUAGCUGCCAGCGAGUUCCCUAUUCCCCAGUCCGCCGGUUCCGAGACUUUCAAGGCGACCCGUGAGAUUGCCGCUGGCGAGACCUUCGAUGGUGGUUUGAAGACUUACGGCCGUGGCGUCUCCUGCACUGGCCAGAGCGAAGGUGGUGACAGUGAUGCUGUCUUCAGCCUCGGUGAGGGUGCCACCCUCAAGAAUGCCAUCAUCGGCAAGGACCAGAUCGAGGGUGUCCACUGCCAGGGUGCUUGCACUAUCGAGAACGUCUGGUGGGAGGCUGUCUGCGAGGAUGCUCUCACCUUCAAGAAGGGUAAGGGCCCCUACAAGGUCAUCGGUGGUGGUGCCCAAGGUGCCGAAGACAAGGUUAUCCAGCACAACGCCGCUGGUGAUGUUACCAUCGAUGGCUUCACCGUCUCCGACUUCGGCAAGCUCUUCCGCUCCUGCGGUAACUGCAAGACCCAGUCCCAGCGGUCUGUCACCAUUUCCAACGUCAAGGCCUACAACGGAAAGAUCCUCGCCGGUGUCAACGAGAACUACGGUGACUCUGCUACCAUCAAGGACACCUGUGCUUCCUCCGUCAAGGAAAUCUGCAAGACCUACGAGGGUAACGAGGGCUCCGGUGAGCCCACCGAGAAGGGCUCUGGCCCCAGCGACGCUUGCAUCUACACCGACCCUCUGCCUUCCUGCUAAACGCGUGCUCCUUGUACCUGAGGGGAAGUUGGAUAACUUGGGAACUUUUCUUGUACUACUAUUUGCCUCCCUGUAGGCAGUCAAAAUCAAGGUGGACUUCACUGCCUUUUGUACGUACCUAGGACGCAAAGAAAAUAAUUGAACCCUUCUCUGAUUAGCCUUAGGGGCUAUCAGAGCUGGAUUGGGAUCAAGA